CCUACAGGCGGCGCAUUAAUGGCUCGUUUCUGGGGAGAGGUUCAGGUGUUGAGUUUCAGUCCGGUGGUUUGCGGCAAGACUGGGCCGCUCAGAGAGUUCUGAAAUGUGCCUGCAAACGACCACAGAGAGCAGCUGACAGCGGUAAAGCAUUAUGAUUCCCAUCACAGAGCUCCGGUAUUUUGCUGACUCCCAGCCAGCUUAUCGCAUCCUGAAGCCAUGGUGGGACGUUUUCACCGAUUACAUCUCAAUCAUCAUGCUGAUGAUUGCUGUGUUUGGCGGCACACUGCAGGUCACACAGGACAAGAUGGUCUGCCUGCCCUGCAAAUGGGUGGUCAACGUCACAUGUGAGACAAUCCCCAUGUCGAAUGGGACCAAUCGCAAUGCACUGGAGCAUAAGGGCAUUCAGUACAACCUUGACCGUCAUCAGUAUAACUAUGUCGAUGCUGUCUGUUAUGAGACUAAACUGCACUGGUUUGCCAAAUACUUCCCAUAUCUGGUGCUAGUCCAUACUCUCAUAUUUCUGGCCUGCAGUAACUUCUGGUUCAAGUUCCCACACACAAGUUCGAAACUAGAGCACUUUGUCUCCAUUCUCUUGAAGUGCUUUGACUCUCCGUGGACAACGAGGGCUUUGUCUGAGACCAUGGUGGAGGAGAGCGACCCGAAGCCUCCUGGUAAAAUGAACGGUGUUAUGGACAAGAAGACUUCAAGUAUACAUGAGGAUGUUGAAGCUAGUAUUCCCAUGCUUCAAAGGACAAAAUCCAGACUUGAGCAAGGAAUUGUAGAUCGCACUGACAAUGGGCUUUUAGACAAAAAGGAAGGAGAACAAGCCAAGGCCCUUUUUGAGAAGGUGAAGAAGUUCAGGAUCCAUGUAGAAAAAGGGGAUAUAGUCUACCGUCUUUACAUACGCCAGGCUAUCAUCAAAGUGAUCAAGUUUUUAUUGAUAAUUUCCUACACGGUGUACUAUGUACACUAUAUUCAGUUCAGUGUAUUGUGCAUUGUGAGCAGUGAGAAGCUAACAGGGUACAGCAGGUAUCGCUGUGUGCACCCAUUGGCAACUCUUUUCAAGAUUUUAGCUUGUUUCUACAUCUUCUUGGUGGCAGUUUAUGGACUCAUCUGCAUGUACACCCUAUACUGGAUGCUCAAGAGCUCACUCAAACGAUACUCCUUUGGAUCAAUUCACGAGGAAAGCAGCUAUAGCGACAUCCCUGAUGUGGAGAAUGACUUUGCCUUCAUGAUGCACAUGAUUGAUCAGUAUGACCCGCUCUACUCCAAGCGCUUUGCUGUAUUUCUGUCAGAGGUGAGCGAGCACAAGCUAAUGCAGCUGAACCUGAACAAUGUGUGGACGGUGGAGAAAUUGAGGCAGCACAUCACCAGGAACUCCCAGGACAAAGUGGAACUGCAUCUGUCCAUGCUCAGUGGGAUCCCCGACACUGUAUUUGAUCUGCUGGAGCUGGAAGUGCUCAAGCUGGAGUGUAUGCCUGACGUGACCUUCCCCCCAAUAAUUGCCCAGCUUUCCAACCUGAGAGAGUUGUGGCUCUACCAUAUGCCAGCCAAGAUUGAGGCUCCAGCUCUGGCUUUCCUGAGGGAAAAAUUAAAGUCUCUCCACAUCAAGUUCAAUGAUGUCAAAGAAGUACCGCUGUGGAUCUAUAGUCUGAAGAACCUCCGCGAGCUGCACCUUACUGGGGAUCUCAGUGAUGAGAACAACGGGUACAUUGUUAUGGAUGGCCUCCGGGAAUUCAAAAGCCUCAAAAUUUUACGCCUAAAGAGCAACCUGACCAAGCUGCCUCAGGUGGUGACAGAUGUUGGCAUCCAUCUCCAAAAGCUCUUCAUUAAUAACAAGGGCACUCGUCUGAUUGUGCUCAAUAGUCUGAAGAAAAUGGUAAAUUUAACAGAGCUUGAGCUUAUUUGCUGCGAUCUUGAUCGAAUUCCACACUCCAUCUUUAGUUUGCACAAUCUGCAGGAGAUUGACCUGAAGGACAACAAUCUAAAGACAGUUGAGGAGAUCAUCAGCUUCCAGCACCUUCACCGACUUGUGUGCCUGAAGCUGUGGUACAACCAGAUUGCCUACAUCCCCUUCCAGAUUGGAAAGCUUACCAACUUGGAAAAGCUUUAUUUGAAUAGGAACAAGAUCGAGAAAAUCCCCAGCCAGCUGUUUUUAUGCCGUAAGCUGCGCUUCUUAGACCUCAGUCACAACAAUUUGACCAGCAUCCACCCUGGUGUGGGCUUCCUCGAGAACCUGCAGUAUUUCGCCGUGACAGCAAACAGGAUUAAGACUUUACCCCCAGAAUUGUUCCAGUGUAAGAAGCUGCGUACUCUGAAUCUGGGGAACAACUGCCUGCAAUCGCUACCGUCCUGUUUGGGAGAACUCACUAGCUUGACCCAGCUGGAGCUGAGGAGUAACCGUUUGGAGAGUCUACCAGUGGAGCUUGCUGAGUGCCGGCUGUUGAAGUUCAGCAGUCUGGUUGUGGAGGAGCAUCUUUUCAACGCACUGCCGCUAGAAGUCAAAGAGCAGCUUUGGAAGGCCGAUAAGGAGCAAACUUGAGCCCCACCUGGAGAACUGCAGAGAGUAAGAAUAUUGAAUUGCAAGACUGCUAAAUGGAGAUAUCGGUGACUAGGGCUGCACAAGUAAUCGCAUCACAGUCGUAAUAGUGAAAAUCUUAAAUGCAGAGUUUAUUGGAGGGAUUAAGGAGCAACUGCUAUUCUCUCUGCCCGUUGUUCUGCUGGCUGCUCUGUGCAUGUUAAAAAUGCCUUCCAGCCUUUUUUCUUAUAGCUGUAUGCAGUUACAAAAUCAUAGUCAGGUACUCUGGUUAUUUGUGUUCGCUAACACUUAACGACACAACCUCUCCCAUUUGCCUCGUCUUCCCUUCUCAACUGGGAACCAAAAAAAACUGGACCUCUCGCGAUUGCUUCGGUGAUUGCAGCUGAAAACAAAAUGGUACACAAUUUUUCCAUUGGAAGUGACGCUAUUUGUCGGGAGAGACCAUUAGCUGCAGUAUUUGUGCCAGCUGUCUCCAGAUAUGGUCAAAUCCGGCAAUGUCACCUCCUCUGUGUUUUCCUAUCUCUGAUCCAACCUUCAAAAGUCCCAACUUCACCAGACUGAAUUCUUCAAGCUAGAUUUGGAAUAACCAUGGAAUUGAUCAGCUGGUCUCUCAAUGCUAUUGACACCAUUUUUUUCAACAAGGAAAUCGGGGCUGGGGGACCCUGCGUGCCCAGAUGAAACCUAUCCUGCGAGCUAUGUUCUCGACGCCUGGGAGAAGUGGCAUGUUGCAUGCUUGGCACCGCGCUCCGUGGAAGACUUUGAAGACUUAUUCUUAUGUGCUUUUAUGGUAGGAGGGCUGGGGCUGAGUGGGUUAUGCGCUGCCCUGACCUACCAGAAAAUUGGCAAGAUGACUGCUACCAGAACCACAACCCCACAUCUGUCCAUCAUGAUUAAUGAAGUGGGCAAGGCGGUACAAUCUCAGACUGCGUUAACUUUUGAACUCAAACGCAAGUUGGAAAACAUCUCGGAGCAAAUAUCUGCCUUGCAAGAGAAGAUGUUGGAGACCAAGGAAUAUUCAUAAAUUGGAUUGUGGCGGUCAGAGGAGCCACAAAUGGAAUUUCUUUGUCUCUCUGCCUAAACCAAAACAUGGCAGCCUUAUCAGCUACCGAAGGUCAAAACGCCCCACUUGUUUUCCUCCAGAAGGAUUUUCAGCCGUCUUGAAGCAUUCAGCUCUCCUCUUAUCUCCCUCCCUUACAGACUGCUGUUGUCAAAGCAACGCCGUACUUUAUGCAUAUACGGACAGAGACUGAUACGAAUUCAUUUGCACGCAUGACGCACGCCCCCCACCCACACCCCGGCCUCCACUCUGCCACUCCCGGGAGGCCGCGCGACACAAGCUCCAGCACCCCCCCAAGCUCAGCUGAGCGAGACUCUGCUGUGGCCUACACUCACCUUGCCUCAAUUCGGAUGACGGACUGCUCCAAAGUUUAGCGCGCAAAAACAAUAUCAAAUGUAUAUGUGCAGUUGUUUUAAUUCUAAUGUGUCCUAUUAUUACGUUCAACUAGUAAUAAUUGUGGAUUAAUUGUUGUAUUUUGUCUGAGGUAAAUGGGUGUGAAGAUAAUUUUGUGGCACUUCUAAGUGUAAUAAGUAUAAAUGAUAAUGAUCAUCAUUAUAUCACACAGGGGUUAAAACAAGACUGCGCUGCCCUGUUCACGGAAAUGUCUUGUACCUGCCACCACUACCGCUUUUGGUAUGGAUUUUGUAUCUUUAGCCAUGUCCUCUUGUAGAAUGUCCUCUCUUCACAUUUGGCCUUUUGAUUAAAUUUAAGUGCACAACAGAUAAUAAUAAUACAAGAUUCCAUGUCAACUGAAAUGACACCAGAAGUUGGAAAUUUAAACUUUUUAAGUGAUUCAGCCCAAACUCUUUGAGCAUUAAGAUGGAAGAAGACUUGCAGACGUAAGCAAUGGCAGCGUCCCAACAGCAGCAUCCAACAGAUGAUUGGCUCAUGGAAUGUCAGCUGACCUCUUGUUGGCUAGCAGCGGAGAUUGUCCAUAUUGAACUUUUUGUAACGUUUUUGUAAAAUCUAAAAAUCUUUCUUAAAAUUUACUGUAAUGAAAGUCAACAGAAUGUUCUAUAAGUGAUCUCACCGCUUUAACUUGUCAGCUUGAAAGAGCAAUUGUCAAUCAGUGGAAGGAGGUGAGAAUAAAGAUCACAGUGCUGUGACAAAUUUGUUAUUGACAACUCGUGUGACUGACAGUUUUUAAGUAUGGUAGGAAAAAGCACCAUAUUUCUUGGACUCUUCAGGUUUUGAUUGCAUGUACAAAAAUUCAUUGGGUCCUGCAGUCUCGGUGUGGAUUUGUUUUUACCCUGUUUAUUUAACAUGGGAAAUGUAAGGAUAAAUGUAUUCAAAGGACUUUCAGGACCGGUUUGCUUCACAGAUUCUUCACUAACUGUACAAUGUCGCCUUCACUGGCAAGUAAGUACCUUGUGCCAUGGUGGAUUUUACUGUUUAUGUUAUAGAUGAACAAACUUUAUUAAACAUAAGCAAACUCACUCAAAGUUAAUCAUGCAAGAAACCUGAGAGACCUUUGAAUAGUUUUGAACUUUAGGAGCUUUUAAUCAGUAAUGCUCCUAUGAUGGAAUGAAAUCCUGCCAAGUGAUGAUUGUUUUUCUUCAUUAGCUGCCAUGUAGUGCCCAUCAGAGAAGUGCCAGUGAAUCAAGUGCCUACUGUUUGUAUGCAAGAUUUGUUUGCCCCAUUUUCAGUAGUCUUCUUUCAGAGCAAAUGAUGGGCAAACUGGAAUUUCUGCAUGAAGCAAAUUACCUUUGUAAGAUCUAAAGAAAUAUAUUUACCCAGACACUUUGUAGAAUGUUUGAUUAAAACAAACAAAUUAAAGUGUGACACCUUGUCUGGUUGAACACCUUUCUUAUUAUUAACACUUUUGUUGGUGUCAUUUGGAGG